AUGUCAUCAGAAUAUAAAAUACUCAAAAUACCUAUCACUAAAGACAAAACAGUCUUCUAUUACUAUAAACGCUAUGUCUAAAAAUCAGCAAAACCAGAGUAAAUUGUAACUUUGCCAUAAGAUAGAACUAUUUAUGUUUGUCAUUUCUUAAGAGCGAUUGAAGAGUCAUUUAUUUAGAAAUUCUUUGGAUUAGCUGGAAAAAUAAAGCAGAUCAAUAUAGGCGAAUAUAAGAAUAAAGCUAACAAUAAGAGAAAAAGAAGAACUGUAUAUUUUGCCUUGGUUACUUAUAAAAAUACUGAAGAUUGCAAUCAUGUCUUAGAUGAGCCCAAAUUUCUAUAAGCCAAGGUUAACUUAUUGACAAAAAAAGGAAUCAAAUUCUCUGAAAAUCCCUUUGCUAAGGAUAAUGAAGAAGAGGAAGUAGAGGAAUAAGAUGAUGAUCAUCAAGAGAAAAUGCAAGAUGGAGGCUUUACUAUGGUAACAGCGGCUGCUUUGAAUGAAAACUCUCAUGGUGUCAAAGGAAAAGGUUCUGAUGGUAUUAGCACUGUAUUGGGUAUUACCUAGGAGGAAGCAAAAGAAAUAUACGAUCAAUAAAUGAGAAAACUAAAUCACCUUGACGAUGAUUAAUAGGGGGAUAAUGAAUAAUAAGCAAAUGAAGAUGAUGAAGAUAUGGGAGAUGGAACCGGAGGUAUGAAGUAUACUACUACGAAAAAGAGAAAAGCAGCAAUGAUGAAUGAUUUCUAUAAGUUUUAGCUUAAAGACUACAAGAAAUAAAAACUGGAGGAACUCAGAAUAAGUUUUGAUGAGGACCGUAGAAGAUUAGCGAAAAUGAUGUCAAAAUAAAAGGAAAAAGAGGUUAAAGGUAAAAAGACUCAAGAAUGA